AUGCGAGAUGUACGCAGCGCUGCCCAGCGGCCAGCGGAGCUGGCGGUUGUCGAAGGGAAGAAUGUGACCAAACUGCUCUUGGUCAUUGCACAGUUGCCUGCAAGCAGAAAGGAUGGCAGCGAAAUGGAGCUGUUGUGCAACAACAGAGCAAAUAACAACUCCAUCAGUCAGUCGGUGACCCAGAGUCCGACAUCUGCGACCGGGAAGGAAUGUCAGUCUCUCACCAUCACCUGCCGUUUUCAGCCUGGGUUAACUGGUACAUACAGUUUUCAGACUGGACAGUUCUUCAAGCGUACCCAGCCCGGGGCAGAGAUGCAGCGGAUUUAUAGAACGGGGCGAUUUGUUGUGUGGUCUAGGAAUACAGAGAUGACAUUUACUUUGGAGAUUCGGGACCUGAGAGUUGAAGACAGCGCCGCCUAUUACUGUCAAGCUGAGGUGGUUUUCUCACAGCAGAGACUGAGAGUCGGUUCACUGUGCUACACGGAGAGCAUACAUAAGAUAUAUGGAGCUGGGACGAUGGUGACUGUCACAGCCGAUUCCCUUUCUCUGAUGUUCAAGAAUCCGCCUCUUCAAAUUUCUGCUGCUGGUGACACCGUUAAUUUAAGCUGCGAAUAUUCUGGUUUCUGUCCUUACACCGUACACUGGUACCGGCAGUUACCAGAACAGACUCCGGAAUUCCUGCUCCAGAGACACACCACAGGACAGCAGGAUAAGGGAGAGGUUUCCGGAGGGCGAAUUUCUGGUUCUCUGGAUCCUAGCAAGAAAAUCAGCCAGUUAACGAUCUCCAAAGUGCAGUUCGGGGACUCGGCUGUGUAUCACUGUGCUCUGAGUUCACGAACAGCACAGUGUUACAGAACAGGGAGAGAGUGGUUCAAAAACCUCAGCAUGGUGGUUUACACAAACACAGCGCUAUAG